AUGAACAUUAUUAAAAAAAAAAUGAAUGCCGUCAAACAGUACUUCCUAAAGGAUAGGGUCAAUAAUUGUAAGGUCGGUGGUUUGGAAACCUCAUUAAAUCCAAUGCAAAAUUUAAAAGCCCUUCAAAAUCACACUUUUACCACAAAGGAAAUAAUACAUUAUUCUUUUUUAUCAAGUGUUUGGAUAUUUGUAUUUUUUUUAAAUCCGGCCCCAUUAUUAGGCAAAUUGCUGUUUUAUAUCAUGUUAUGCACUCUGUUUAUUAUACCAUUAACUUCGCAAUUUUUCUUUAGUGCAUUGCCCAUUUUAACUUGGCUAGGUUUAUAUUUUACUAGCGCUACUUUUAAUAAUAGUUAUAGACGUCCGAUUUCCGUUAAAGCGUUACCUGCUGUGGAAACUAUACUUUAUGGUGACAAUUUAAGUGAUAUUUUGGCUAAUUCCACUAACCAUUUCUUCGAUAUAUUGGCUUGGAUUCCUUAUGGGUUGUUCCAUUUUGGUGCUCCAUUUGUAGUAGCUAUUAUUUUGUUUUUGUUUGGCCCACCUAGGCUUUUAAGAGGUUACGCUUUUGCAUUUGGUUAUAUGAAUUUGAUCGGUGUUAUUAUACAAAGUUUAUUCCCCAGUGCUUCGCCUUGGUACAAAAAUUUGUAUGGGAUACAACCUGCUAAUUAUGGGAUGAAGGGUAGUCCAGGCGGGUUGCGUAGAAUAGACGAAAUUUUAGGUAUUGAUUUGUAUUCCACUGCAUUUGCUAAUAGUGCUGUUAUAUUUGGUGCUCUUCCAAGUUUACAUUCUGGUUGUGCUACUAUGGAAGCUCUUUUUUUCAGUUAUGUUUUCCCAAAGUUGAGGCCAGUUUUCAUUUUCUACGUUUGUUGGUUGUGGUGGAGUACUAUGUAUUUAACACAUCAUUAUUUUGUAGAUUUAGUUGCUGGUGCCACAUUAUCGUUUACUAUUUUCCAAUACACCAAAUAUCAUCAUUUGCCAAAAAUCAUUAAUGACCCCUCAUUAGUUAACAGCGCUAGUAAUAUAGCGAAGAAGAUAUUCCAUUCUAGAUGGGCCUACUCGGACUUAAAAUACAAUAAUAUGUACGAGCUGGAUCCAUUAUCCAGGGGCAGUACAAUACUCAACGGUGGUAUAAGUAACGAUUUAGAGAUUCAAGAUUUGAGCGGAUUAACCCCAAAUGAAAUUAUAGAAAUGAACAACUUUAACAAUACCACAGGCGGUAAAAAUGUUGCCAGUAACACCAACUCUCCCUUUAGAGUGCAAACCCCUAUGACCCAGACAUCUUCUUCUACAGUCCCAUCUUUGUUUGAUGCAGCUAGUAUAGGUUCAAGAUCAAGGUCUAGUGAGACUUCAUAUGAAGAUGACGUGGAAAGAGAAGCAAUGUCUAAUUCUACUACAUUGAUGCCCAGUGUUCCAGUUAUUAGUAUGAGUGGACAUAGUGGUACCACCGCCGGUAACGCUAGUACCCUGUCGAAUUCAAACAGUAAUAGUAAGACUAGUAUUAGCAAUUUAAUUGGAAAUUUUACUGGAGUAGCUGGAAACAAUAAUGGUAAGUUAUUUUUAAAGAAGGAUUAA